AUCCUUGCUGGUCGGACAGGCUCCUGCAGUUACAUCACUUCCUAAAAAACAGGCAAACACCUCUCCUUCAAGUGAGCACCGACCCAAACAAGCAGGAAACAGGAAAUGUGCGCGCUGGAGGGAGGUCGGGGCGCAGCGCCGCAUCCUGACCGCACCGAGGCUCGCUGACAUGACCGCUCCCCGCGCUGCCCUGGUCUUCGCUCUGGGACUCGUCCCCGUCCUCCCGGGUAAUGGUGACGAAUCAGAAGAUACAUCUACAUUCCCAGAAAACGAAGCCACAGCUGAAGAGACCACCUCAAGUGUGUUGAUUACAACAGCCACAGAAAUAGUAUCUGAAAAUACGAAUUCUACCCACAUCGAUGAGGACACAGAUCAGUUAGAGUUUAUAUUAAUGGUGUUGAUCCCAUUGAUUUCCUCGGUCCUCCUACUUUUAUUAGUGGCACUCCUUGUGAGGUACUGUAGAAGAAAGAGAACUAAACAAGAGCCUUCUAGCCAAGGAUCUCAAAGUGCUUUACAGACAUAUGAACUGGGAAGUGAAAACUUGAAAGUUCCUAUUUUUGAGGAAGACACACCAUCUGUCAUGGAAAUAGAGAUGGAAGAACUGGAUAAAUGGAUGAACAACAUGAAUAGAAAUGCCGACUAUGAAUGUUUACCUACUUUAAAAGAAGAAAAGGAAUCAAACCACAACCCAAGUGACAAUGAAUCCUAAACCUGAAAGGUGCUGAUGUUGUCCAAGAGGAGUGGCCACUGAGGGAGCCCGUCUGUCCUGCCCACCGAGGAGGAAGAUGAACUUAAAUAAAUUUCACAUCUAUGUAGAUGCAGAACCUUCUGCUGUUCCUUCUACCACCCACUCCUUUGACGAUGGCAACACCUGGACUUGGAAGAAAGAACGAUUGAGAGGCGCUGGGAAAGGCCUGGCUGCUGUCCAGCCCUGCUCCUAGGCUGGAGGAGUCCUGUGACACCUUGGCUUCUGAUGGGUAGGCACCCCUCCUGGCAGCCGGCUUGCAGCUGCCCUCGCUCUGGCCACCCUCGCUAGGUCCUCCUCACCUGUCAGCUUCAUCCCUCAGGGUUUUCAUCAGGAAGCUGCUUUAUCUCUAGUUUCCUUCUGAGUCACCUUAUUACCUAACCACUUUGGAUAGUGUCCUCUGUUAUUCAAGUCCUCUGAUAGGUCAAUGGCGUUCAACAGGAACUGUCCUCAAGGACACUUAUGUCAUGGAAAAGACAUCAAACAAAGCAAGCAAGCGCUUCAAUGUCUCCACCGUCCCAAGGGUUGGAAAGCACAUUUCUACCUGCCAAGAAGAUGCAGUGAGAGAGUCCAUGGUCCUGAUGAGGUGUCGUCAGGUGACUUGUAGACUUGACUUGGCCACAUCCAAAUGACCCUUGGGAACUUCUCAGAAUCUCCAGAGAAAGAACCAAACCCGCACUUUCCUUCUCAGCUAAAAUCACCUCUACUAAAGCUCUCUCCCUUAUCUGUGAUCUAUGGGCAGGGAAUAUGUGCAGGUGGGGACAUCUGUCACCCUUCUUCUUCUCCAGGAUCGUUGAGGUUAUUUGAAACAAACAGAUUAGGAACAGGAAAUAGUUGUACCUGAGGCUGGUGUUACUCAUCGCGCACAGCCUGCUUUCCUGCUGAGCUGGGACCAACCUCCUGUCCCCAACACAGUUCUCCACGAGGUCACUAUCAGUCCAUCAGAGAUGACAUUCUACGCGGUAUUUAUGGACAACCUGUUACUGAAAGCAAUGGUGGAAAAUGGAGAAGGGUUCAUUGGCCAUUCCCUCAUCACAUUAAAAUCAUCUCCAUCUAAUCCUUAGUGUUCUCAUUCUGACCUCUGAAAAGCAAUCUAGCAAAUUGAGAGGCCUCAGCUCUCCUAGGACAUUUGAUAUUUUAUUCCAGGAAAGAAACCAAGAAUGAAAACUUUAUUUAUUUUGCUAACAGCGUGUAAACUGAAAGGAGAUUUGAGGGUAACCAAACUUUUGCUGCUUAAUUUGGGGUCUGUGUUUGAAAGGCUGCCUUAAUGCAAAGUGAAACUCCUCCACACCUGACUUUUAGGGUUCCUUUAACAAAUUUCUUGCCUUUAGAGCUAUGCAGAUUUUUAUUUUUACUUUUGGUACCAGGGAUAGAACCCAGGGCGCUUAAACACUGAGCCACAUCCCCAGCCCUUUUUUAUAUUUUAUUUAGAGACAGGGUCUUGCUGAGUUGCUCAGGGCCUUGCUUAGUUGCUGAGGCUGGCUUUGAACUCAUGAUUCUCCUGCCUCAGCCUCCUGAACCCCUGGGAAUACAGGUGUGCACCACUUGUCCAACCCUAUGCAGAUAAUUUUAAAGGCAGGGUUCCAAGCCAGCGAGGUCUCUAUACAAUGAGGCACCAGUGUCUGGUUUGUUUGAGCACUGAAGUCAUGUGUCCUGGGACCAUGCAGUGCCUUGAUAAAAGACAGUCUUUGUGGGUUAUAACUUAAUAGAUUUGUCUGUCAUCCUCUCAUUAGCACAUCCUAUGUGACUUUUUGUUUUCGUUGCUGUUUUGCAUACUCAUAAUCAACUUAUGGUCCAUGGUGAUUCUCAGAUAUUUAUGCCAACAUUGCUGUUUUCCAGAUCAUCACACAACUUGUCUAUUUUCUGCUUAGCGUUGUUACUUCAAGUUUGUUUCUCAUGAACAGUUGGAUUCUUAGAAGAGAUUCAAUUUGCUUUUUGCUCUCUUUAGGCAUCUAAGAUCUUUGCUGGGCACUCAGUCCUCUAACCUUGAUUGAACCCUAUCAAAUAAUGAACUGAGAAGUUCUGAGAAGUAUAAUGGAUCCUGGAAUCUCACUUGGAUGAAGCAAAAUCUUAUGAGAUGAUAAAAACACUUCUCAAAAUUUGGCAUUUUAAAUAACUUCAGAUUCCAGAAGAUACAAACUUCAGCAACAUGUAAUUGAGUGUAUAUCUGAGAAAUGUACUGACCUCUAUAAUUGCACAGUGUGUGAGGCACUUUUUAAAAAGAGGUUCUUCUGGUAAAGUAUUCAAGCCAUUAAUCCUAGCACCCUGCAUCUCUUUAUUACUAUUCAAUCAAUGUAUAUCCUUAACAAUUCCAAGAAUUGCUCUUAACCCCAAACUUAAUUUUAUGUUUCAGAUUAUUGCUUGUUAAAAAAAAAAGUCAUUAAUUUGCUCUAAUUGGAUAGCCAAUAAGAACAAAGUCUGACUUUAAAAUAUUUUAAAGAUAUGUAAGUUUUACAGCAUUUUUGGGUCAUUUUGUGCAAACUAUGCUAACAACAUUGCCUAAUUGAACUCCUCAGGAAACUUGUUUUCAUAAAUAUGUAAAAAAUCUAUAUAUGACUCCUGUCCCAAUACUCUGAUUCCUCCCCCUGGGAAGGACUUUGGUACCCAUAUGCACCCUUGAUAUAGCAGAGGUAGCAGAGGCCUCUUCCGACUUCCACAGCUCUAACAACGGAAAUUAUGUCAACAUAAGUGGGUGCUUUAAGAAAAUUGUGUCUGUUUAUUCCUUUAUUUUGAUUGUAUGAACCAUCAAUUUAGAUCAGCUCUGAAAAAGGUCUAUGUUGAAUAGAUGUUAAUUUCAUCUUUUGUGCAUAUUAGUGCAUAUUCUGAAUUUACUGGAGUGAUAAGACAUGGUUUCCCACUGGAAAAUCACUGCUGAAAUUCUCUAAUUUUUCCCUCCAGUGCUGGAGAUUGAACCCAGGGCCUUGCACUUGAUAAUAGGCAGAUGCUCUACAACUGAGCCGCACCCUCAGCCCUGAAAUUCUCAUUGUGGGGAAAACAUCAAAAUUUUGUACUGAAUUCAGGGGGAUGGGAAUGGCAAAGACGGUGGAGUGAACUGGACCUAACUUUCCUAAGUUAGUAUAGGAUACACGACCAGUGAAUUCCACAUCAUGUACAACCACAAAAAUGAAGCAUAUUUUACAAAUAUGCUCCAUGUGUGUAUGAUAUGUCAAAAUCUACCCUACUGUCAUGUAGAAUUAAAAAGAACAAAUAAAAAAUUUAUACUGAA